GAUCAGCAUAUUCUUUGGUAAAAGGGACGACCAGAUAGAGUUGGAUUUCGAAAAAUUUCAAACGUCUGAAAUUAUUGAAAGUCUAGUGAGAUUUAUUUGUAUCGUUCGUACUCUAAACAAUCGAAAGAAAUCGAAAUACUUAAUCGUAGGUAUUGUGCGCCAAUUAACCAGCAAUGCCAUUCAUAAUUCCAUUCAAAAACUGUAUGCUGCCAUUCUGCAGUUUGUCUCACUUCAUCCACUUAAAUAUAGGAGAAGGCGACAAGCAGUCUGGCUGAGACACGGAGACUUUUUUAAGAAAAAGGUCCCUUACAACUUAUUCAUGAGGAACUUAAACUUUAAAUCACCAUCUCGUAUUUCAUUUCUUCCAUGGGAUAUCCCUGCCCACUUUUAGCUACCGAGUUGAGCAACCAACUUUUACUAAAACUUUUAGCCGUGGUUCGGUUAGUUUUACUUGUUGUUUUAAGGGUUCAUGUAACAAGGAAGUAAUAAUGGGCCCAGUGUGGUGUGCGGUAUGUUAUCCAUUUCAUUCAUUCAUUCAUUCAUGUUUCAGUAAAGAGCAGCCGAAAAACUGGAGGUGGUCAAGUCUCAACUUACUUAAAAAUCGGUUCAACAUAAAAGACAUAUCUCCCAACAUUUUACGACUCAGUCUCGCCUCAACUGGGACAAAGUUAAAACCAAGUUAAAAAUUUGACACUAAAUAUUUUACAGAGACGAUGAAUUCCUACUCCUCUUACUCGUCAUCGUCAUCCUUGAUGUCAACCCCACUGGGUGCAGAAACCCCCCUCAGCUACACCUCCCCCUACAACUAUCGUCACGACUUUCCUUCCCCCAAUCUCGCCUAUGACUGUUCCGUCAUAAACUCAGAAUCGGACUCGUCACACUUUGGGGAGGAAAGUUCCUGUCUAGCGGACGACGGAAGGUGCACCAAUGCCAAUCAGGGAACAACAGUGUAUUACACGAUUGACAAUUCUUGGAUGCAGAACGAAGAUAAUUCUCACCUUCCCCAAAACAAUAGUUAUUACGACGAGUACUAUUCCGAUCAGUACCACCCACGGGCACAUCAUAAUCAUUUUGGAGGGUGGUGGAACAAUAAUAAUAACAGUGAUGAUAACAACAAUAUUCAUAAUGUGUCGUCGUCGUGCCGUUCGUCGUCUUCUCAAUGUCAAAUUAUUAGUGGAAGUGAAAGUGUUUCGGCGGAGCAGGUCAGGAUUGGAGAUGGGAAUAGUGAUCCCAGAAGUGGGGCAAUUGAGACAAUAAUUAAUAAAAGUCGGGAUAAAGUUGUCGGGAUGGAGAAUCACAGUGAUUAUUAUAAUCAAAGGAAGGCAAACAAUAUGCUACGCCAAGGAAUUGUUGUGAAUGGUCAAUCAUCGUCCGGUUAUCAAGCCUCGGAUUCAGGAUCGACAGAAUCAACUCAGUAUUUUGGGAGGAUUUGUGGCGAUUCUGAGGAAGCAGAUUAUUGCAGAGAUGAUGAUUCGAAUUCCUCAGAUUCAAAGGGUCGAAAAGAAAGGACUGCUUUCACUAAACAACAAAUCCGAGAUUUGGAGAAAGAAUUUGGAAAUUCUAACUAUCUAACGAGACUUAGACGAUACGAGAUUGCCGUGUCGUUAGACCUCAGUGAAAGACAGGUCAAGGUUUGGUAUCAAAACAGACGAAUGAAACACAAGAGGACAAAAGGAGUCUCCAGUAAUACCAAAGGAAGAAAGGGGAAACUAUCGAGUAGCGAUUCAUCAGUGUAAUUAAUUAAGUUAGCAAUACCGAUAAUAGUUUUUUAAUAAUUUCCCUUAUAAACAUUCUUAAUCUCUCGUUUUAAUUAAUUCUAUUAACUUAUAGGCUGACAUAUGUUUGAUUUUUCGAGUAAUAAAUAAAAUUAGAUAAA